AUGGUGGCCACCGUGACGAGCCUCGCGGCGACGCGAUCGUCGUCGGCGAGCGCGCGGUGCGCGAAGAGCGUGCGGAAUCAUCGGUGGCGAGCUGUAGGUCGGCGCGAGCGAACGAGCGUGUGCGCGUCGCCGGUGGCGUCCGCGGUCGACGGUUCGGUGGAUUACGAGGACACGAGCGAUCGAUUAAAGCUGGAGAACGUGCGACAGAGCCUGAUAAGGCAGGAGGACUCGAUCAUCUUUGCCCUCAUCGAGAGGGCGCAGUACAAGCUCAAUAGAGCGGUGUACUCUAAGAACGCGGUGCCGGUGCCGUGCUUCGCCCCGAACGGUGAUCGGGCGUCGAUGUUGGAGUACAUGUUGCGAGACGUCGAGCAGAGCCACGGGAGGAUUCGAAGGUACACGUCGCCGGAUGAGCACGCGUUUUAUCCAGAGGCGCAGCCGCCGCUGGCGAUUCCACCAAUCUCUUUCAAGGACGUCUUGCACCCGGCCGCGGAGGCGAUCAACAUUAACGAUCGAAUCAUGGAUAUGUAUGUGAAUAAUUUGUUGCCAGAGAUGUGCGAGGGCGGUGACGACAACAACUACGGCUCUUCUGCGCUGUGCGACUUGGCGUGCCUGCAGACGAUUUCUCGUCGCAUCCACUACGGCAAGUACGUCGCGGAGUCCAAGUUUCAGGCACAGCCGGAAGAGUACACAGAGUUGAUCAUGUCACAGGACGCCGAAGGGUUGAUGCGGUUGCUCACGAACCAGGCGGUGGAGGAUCGCGUCGUUCGACGCGUGGCGAACAAGGCGGCUGUGUUUGGCACGGACAUCACCGAGGACAUUCCCGAAGGCCUCGCCUUACCCAUCGGCUCGGAAUCCAUGAAAUUGGCGCCCGAAAAAGUUGGAGACCUGUACUACCGCUGGAUUAUGCCCAUGACGAAGGAUGUCCAGGUUGCGUACCUCUUGCGUCGUCUCGACUAA